AUGAGCUCCAUUGAAAACUUGAAGUCGUUUGAAACUCAACCAACAAACUAUAUUCAUAUUCGGAUUCAACAAAGAAAUGGUAGAAAAACAUUAACAACAGUUCAGGGGGUCCCAGAAGAAUACGAUUUGAAAAGAAUAUUGAAAGUUCUGAAAAAAGACUUUGCCUGUAACGGAAAUAUUGUCAAGGAUGAUGAUUUAGGUGAGGUCAUUCAAUUACAGGGAGACCAAAGACUGAAAGUUAUGGAAUUUCUUAUUCAGCAGCUAGGACUUCAAAAGAAGAACAUCAAGAUCCACGGAUUCUAG